AUGGAUGUCGCGGCUGUAACGCUGCCGGCGACCUCCUCUCCGGAGGUGGAAGGGGAGGCUGGAAAGUCGCAACCUACACACAAGCGGGUUAAAAUCCUCAAGAGGUCGUUUGCGGAAGCUGCGGUGGACUCGGCGCUGAUGGGAGAUGAUCCCAUGUCUGAGAAAGUGGACGAGGAUUGGCUGGAAGAUGGAUCAGUGAUAGAACUGGAGGAGACUAAAAAUGUCAUCUAUGAAGGGGUUCCCGUCGUUAAAAUUCCCAAAGAGCUUCGUGCAGAACUGGAGAGGCCUUGGCACAAGGCUUUGAUCCUCAAAUUUCUGGGAAAGCCGCCGGCUUUCAUGCUACUGCAGCAACGCCUUCUCCGACUUUGGAACAGGUCGGGUAAGGUUGAGUUACUGGAUGUGGGCAUGGGCUUCUAUAUGGCGAGGUUUGAUCUAGCUUCUGACUAUAGACAUGUUUUGUUGGAUGGCCCGUGGAAACUUUUCGACUGCUACAUCAUCCCCCAACGAUGGAGGAGGAACUUCGAUCCUCAAACUGCGAAAUUGGAGAGCAUGGUGGUGUGGGUUCGGAUGCUAGGCCUGCCGGUUGAACUGUUCCGCGAAGACGUGAUAAAAAAGAUCCUUGAGCCAGUGGGGAAGACCAUCAAGGUGGAUAAAACCACGGCGGGGAUCGAAAGGGUGAGAUUUGCGAGGGCUGCUGUGGAGAUCGACCUUCGCAAACCUUUAGGCUCUAUGGUAGUGGUUGAUGAAGUGUUCCAGAAGGUUUCGUUCGAAGGGCUUCACACCAUCUGCUUUGGAUGA